AUGGCCUCCCGAGGACCUCCCGGCGCCCGCGCCGGCUCCAACAACCGCUUUGCUCAGUUUAAGCUAGUUCUGCUCGGAGAGUCCGCUGUCGGCAAGAGUUCCAUCGUUCUGAGAUUUGUCAAGGACCAAUUCGACUCUUUCCGCGAAUCCACCAUCGGCGCUGCGUUCCUCACUCAGACCAUCUCCCUCGACGAGACCACCACUGUCAAGUUUGAAAUCUGGGAUACCGCCGGUCAGGAGCGCUACAAGUCCCUGGCCCCCAUGUACUACCGCAAUGCCAACUGCGCCGUCGUUGUCUACGACAUUACACAAUCUUCGUCUCUCGACAAGGCCAAAGCUUGGGUCAAGGAACUCCAGCGCCAAGCAAAUGAAAACAUCAUCAUCGCCCUUGCUGGUAACAAGCUCGAUCUCGUCACUGAGCAGCCCGACAAGCGCGCCAUCCCUGCCGCCGACGCCGAAGCCUACGCAAAGGAGGCUGGUCUUCUCUUUUUCGAGACCUCGGCCAAGACUGCCGAGAAUGUCCCCGACCUCUUUACCGCCAUCGCCAAGAAGCUUCCCCUCGACCAAGCUGGUCCCAGACAUGCCCGCGCUGGUCAGCGCCCAGGCGUCAGCCUGGCUCCCGAGGGCUCAAACACCAAUGCUGCCGGUCCUUGCAGCUGUUAG